UCUUAGUACUCUCUAGUUCUCUAAAGUUCUCCAAAUACUCGACCCACCAACACCUCGAGAUCAAGGACUCCUCGACCCUCCAAACACAAAUACAAACUCCAAAUCCAAAAUUGAAUCUAACUUCACAUUCCGAAAAUGUCUCAAAAAAGAACCACUUCUCAAAUGAAUGGAACAUCUGAACAAACCGGAGAUAACCCCCUCAAGAGAGUAAAUAAUCUAAUCUCUCAUUUCUUCCCAUGUUCAUACAGAUCUAUAGAUCACUUACUUAUUUCCUGUUCAGGUAAAAGCGAUGCUCGAAGAAAAUGAAAAAAAGGUCGCAUUUAGCAAAAACGAAACUGAAGAGUUUGGAGACCUCAUUUUACAGAAUAAAAAAGCCAUUGAAUUCUAUGAGUAUCAAAUUAAAGAUUGGGAAAGUAACAUCCGGAGAGACAAACAAUAUAUUCAAGGACUUCAGCAAACGAACCGAGAGUAUGAGGAAGACAUCCGAAAGAAUAGACUGGAAGUUCUGGAGUUGAAACAUGAAGAAGAAGCUCUCAAGGUAAUUAAAAAACAAGGAGAGACACGCGAGAAGAGAUUAAAUGAAGCUGUGAAUAGGAUUUUGACGAAGUUUUUGGAGCCGGCAUUGGAGAAGGUGGUUAUGUCACCAGAGAAGGAGAUCAAUGGAGAUGAGAAGGUGGCUGUAGGUGGAGAUGGGAAGAAGACCACCUCGGAAGUUGAUAACGUGACUACCGGUGAAGAAGAUAUAAAGAAAACUGAGGGCGAUGAGGAGAAGAAUAUCAAGAAGGAAACCCGAAUCCACAAACUGCAACGCAAGGAAGUACCUUCAUUGUAAGAUAUCAUUAAUUCCUUUUAAACAGUACUAAUAUCAAUAUAUUUCCAGAUAUUUAGCGUCAAUGCGUGCGGAAUUAUGAUGGGGAAAAGGGGAAUGCUUAUGAAUAUGGCUACACUGUUGGGAUCUUCAAAAUUUCACCCUAUACUAUACCAGCAAAGCUCAUGAACAUUAAAUCCAAUCUUGGAAAGUGA